UGGAAUGAAAUGCACGCCAAGAACGUCUACAAUGUUCGAAUACAGACGAAUCGAUACGUAUACGACUUUAUUCGAAUAAUACUUAUUAUCUUUAGUAUGUCCAUUCUUGAUUAUAAUUAAAUGUGAUAGAACUGUUGGUGUUUCUAUAAAGACCACUUAAAGGUUUUCCUAAAAAAUGAAUGCAAAACGUGGCAAAAGUAUUUCGAUUGUUCAAAAGGAAUUGUUGGUGCGAUUUAUGGAAACAAAUGAAGAGUUAAGAAAUAAAAAAUUCACGGCAAAUACCACUUAUCGCAAAGUGAAACUUUGGAAACAGCUAGCUGACGAUUUGAAUCGCAGAACGGGAGCCAAAAAAAAUUGGCGACAGUGGCGAAAGAGUUGGCACGAUUUAAGAAGCAAAUUAAAAUGCAGGCAGGCACAGCUUCAUAGACAAAAAACAGAACCUUUAAAUUUUGAAGACAAGCCAAUCGAGAAUUUAUCUUCAAUUGAAGAAAGAAUAUUAGCGAUAAUAGCCAACGAUGUUCAAGAUUCUCAAAAUUCCGAAAUUAAUAAAACAGAUGGAGUCCAAAUUAAUGAUGUAUUUGAAGAGGAUAUAACUACAAUAAAAGAAGAAAUAAAUAUUGAGGAACAUAAUGUGAAUCAAGCAGUUCAGGAAUUUAUUGAAAUUCGUAUAGAACGAGAGACCAAUCACCCUGAAGAACACGAAGGAAAGCGCGUCAAUUCAAGCGAUUUUGAAAUUAAAACCAAGGAAGACUAUUACAAACAAAAAUUAAUCCUACUUCGAGAUGACGUUCGUGCUAAAACCCGCAUUGCUAUAGCCUUAGAAACUAUAGCAGGAAAACUAAAAUAAUAUUUAUUAAUGUUUUGAAAUAUAAAAGUAAAACAAUUUUCAAC